AGUCCGAAAGUCGCUGCCAGUGCCUGUAAACAAUCGAAACUUCAGGACUCUCAUAACCCUCUCGAAGCCAUCAAAAAACCCAGAAAAAUUUUAUCUUUAAUUGGGUUUUCAUCAAUGGCCAUAACCAGUUAAUCUUGAAAAGGGACAGUUUUGAUCAAAGAUUUAGCAAAUGGAGCCCCAUUUUAGAUCUGGAUUUUGGUUAUUUUUCGUUGUUCUUCUCUUUGUUGGCCUUUCUGGGAAUUUGAUUUCUGCUCAAACUCGCAGUCCAAAAAAUGUACAGGUGGCUCUCAGGGCUAAGUGGUCUGGUACUCCACUUCUUCUAGAAGCUGGGGAGUUACUGUCUAGUCAAUGGAAAGAUUUUUAUUGGGAUUUUACUGAAUUUUGGCUUCUCAAAGGAAGUGAAGACUCUGGUUCUCAUACUGCAAAAGAUUGCUUGAGAACAAUUGUAAACUAUGGGAAGUCUUUGUUAAGCAAACCUUUGGCAUCAGUUUUUGAAUUUUCUCUCACCCUUCGAUCAGCAUCGCCGAGGUUAGUGCUGUAUCGGCAGUUAGCAGAGGAUUCUCUUUCAUCGUUUCCUCUGGUUGAUGAUAGCUCAGCUUCUAGCAAUGAGGGAGGUUUUGAAACAAAUGAUAAUGCCAAAAGCAAAAAAGUUGAACCGUUGCUCUUGGGAGUGAACUCAAGAGCUCCUAAUGGAAAAUGUUGUUGGGUUGACACUGGGGCAGCACUACUUUUUGACGCAAAUGAGUUGCUACUUUGGCUUGAAAAUCCUGAUAAAGCAACCACUGAUACAUUUCAGCAGCCCGAGCUUUUUGAAUUUGAUCAUGUCCAUCCAGAUUCAAGUAUUGGAAGUCCUAUUGCCAUUCUGUAUGGAGCUCUUGGGACGGACUGCUUUAAGGAAUUUCACAAUGUCUUAGUUGGCACAGCCAGACAGGGUAAGAUCACCUAUGUUGUUAGACCCAUAUUACCUUCUGGCUGUGAAUCCAAAGUUGGUCAUUGUGGAGCCAUUGGUACCAGAGAUGCUGUGAACUUGGGUGGCUAUGGUGUGGAACUUGCUUUGAAGAACAUGGAGUACAAAGCUAUGGAUGAUAGUGCUGUUAAGAAAGGUGUCACUCUUGAAGACCCUCAUACAGAAGAUCUCAGCCAAGAUGUCAGAGGAUUUAUCUUCUCGAGGAUUUUGGAACGCAAGCCAGAAUUAACAUCUGAGGUUAUGGCUUUCAGAGAUUAUCUGUUGUCAUCCACAAUAUCUGACACAUUGGAUGUUUGGGAAUUGAAAGAUCUUGGUCAUCAAACUGCACAAAGGAUAGUUCAUGCAUCUGAUCCUUUGCAGUCAAUGCAAGAAAUCAAUCAGAACUUUCCUAGCAUUGUCUCUUCUUUGUCUCGUAUGAAGCUCAAUGAUUCCAUCAAAGAUGAAAUUAUUGCAAAUCAGAGAAUGAUCCCGCCUGGCAAGUCUUUGUUGGCUCUGAAUGGUGCCUUAAUCAAUAUUGAAGAUGUUGACCUUUAUCUGUUGGUUGACAUGGUCCAGCAGGAGUUAUCAUUGGCUGAUCAAUUUUCAAAAAUGAAGAUUCCUUCAACCAAUGUGAGGAAACUUCUUUCAAUUCUACCGCCUUCGGAAUCCAACAUGAUUCGAGUAGAUUUUCGUUCUACACAUGUUCACUAUCUCAAUGAUUUGGAGCAUGACAUCAUAUAUAAGCGUUGGAGCAGCAGUAUAAAUGAGAUUCUUAUGCCAGUUUUCCCUGGACAAUUACGAUAUAUUCGUAAAAACAUAUAUCAUGCAGUUUAUGUUUUGGAUCCAGCUUCCAUUUGUGGGCUUGAGACCAUCGAGAUGGUUAUUUCUUUAUUUGAGAAUAACCUGCCUAUGAGAUUUGGUGUGAUAUUGUACUCUGCGAACAUAAUCCAGAAGAUUGAAGCUAAUGGUGAUGAGCUCCAACGUAGUCUGGAGGAUGACCUUAAAUCUGAAGAAGACGUUUCCAGUUUGGUCAUUCGUCUUUUCCUCCAUAUAAAGGAAAACCAUGGGAAUCUAAUGGCUUUCCAGUUUUUGAGCAAUGUAAAUAAGCUGCGCGUUGAAUCUGCCCCUGAAGAGGCUCCUGAAAUUCAUCAUGUGGAAGGAGCUUUUGUGGAAACCCUAUUACCUUCCGCAAAAACUCCACCUCAAGAUAUUUUGUUGAAACUCGAAAAGGAGAAAACAUAUCAUGAGCUAUCUCAAGAAAGCUCCAUGUUUGUUUUUAAGCUUGGUUUGGCCAAGCUGCAAUGCUGCCUCUUGAUGAAUGGGCUUGUCUAUGACUCUAAUGAGGAGGCGCCUUUUAAUGCCAUGAAUGAUGAGCUUCCUAGGAUACAGGAACAAGUUUAUUAUGGCCUCAUAAAUUCAAAUACAGAUAUUCUGGACAAGUUUCUUGCAGAAAGUGGCAUCCAGCGCUAUAAUCCUCAGAUUAUAGCUGGUGGAAAAGUUAAACCAAAGUUGGUCUCCUUAUCUGCGUCGAUUCUCAGAAAUGGGUCUUGGAUAAAUGAGAUUAGCUACCUGCAUUCUUCUGAUACUGUGGAUGAUAUAAAGCCCGUGUCUCAUCUUCUCGCUGUCGAUUUUACUUCAAAAAAAGGGAUUAAAAUGCUUCGCGAAGGACUAAGUUAUCUGAUGGGAGGUUCAAAAAUUGCACGUUUAGGUGUGUUGUUUAAUUCUAAUGAGGAAGCUAAUUCACUGAGUUACAUAUUCGUGAAAGUCUUUGAAAUAGCUGCAUCUUCUCAUAGUCAUAAGAAAGGCGUUUUAGAAUUUUUGGAUCAAGUAUGCUCGUUGUAUGAACGGGAGUACAUGACAUCAACUUCUCCAGAUAAUGAAAAAAGCCAAGAGUUUAUUGAUAAAGUUGUUGACUUAGCUGUUGCAAGUGGAUUGCCAUCCAAGGGCUAUGAAUCCCCUCUUUCCACUUUUUCAGUUGGUAAACUGAAAAAUCACUUGAUUAAGGUAGCACAGUUUUUGUACAGGCAACUUGGUUUUCAUUCUGGUGUCAACGCAGUUAUCACAAAUGGGAGGGUGGUUCCUGUUGGUGGUGGUGUUUUCUUGAGCCAUGAUUUGUCUCUUUUAGAGUCAAUAGAGUUUAAACAACGCAUAAAGCAGAUUGCUGACAUCAUUGAAGAAUUAAAAUGGGAGGACAUGGAUCCUGACUUGUUGACAAGCAAAUUCAUCAGUGACAUCAUCUUGUCCAUCUCGUCUUCAAUGGCUAUGAGAGAACGGAGUUCUGAAAGUGCUCGCUUUGAAAUUUUGAGCUCCACCUGCAGUGCUGUUGUACUUGACAAUGAAGAUUCAAGCAUUCACAUUGAUGCUGUUAUUGAUCCUUUGAGUUCUUCUGGUCAAAAAUUAUCGUCUCUUCUUCGCUUUUUGUCGAAGUACAUUCAGCCAAGCAUGAGGCUGGUACUUAAUCCAGUGAGUUCCCUUGUUGAUCUUCCGUUGAAGAAUUACUACAGAUAUGUAGUUCCCACACUGGAUGACUUCAGUAGUAUUGAUGACACAGUUUAUGGCCCCAAAGCCUUCUUUGCAAAUAUGCCACUGUCUAAAACUCUUACAAUGAAUCUUGAUGUUCCAGAGCCAUGGCUUGUUGAGCCUGUAAUUGCUAUCCAUGACUUGGACAAUAUACUGCUUGAAAACCUAGGUGAUGCCAGAACAUUGCAAGCAGUGUUUGAACUUGAAGCUCUUGUUCUUACAGGUCAUUGCUCAGAGAAGGAUCAUGAACCUCCCCGAGGCCUUCAGCUGAUCCUCGGUACCAAGAGUACACCACACUUGGUUGAUACUCUAGUCAUGGCCAAUUUGGGGUAUUGGCAAAUGAAAGUCUUUCCUGGGGUUUGGUACCUGCAGCUUGCACUGGGUAGAAGCUCCGAGCUGUAUGUCAUGAAAGAGGAUGGUGAUGGAAGUCCGUACACAACUUUGUCAAAGCAGAUCACAAUAAAUGAUUUGCGAGGCAAACUAGUUCACUUGGAAGUGUUGAAGAGAAAGGGCAAGGAAAAUGAGAAAUUAUUACUUGCUUCUGAUAGUGACGAAAGUCAUUCAAGACAAAACAGAAAUGGAGAUCAGAAGAGUUGGAACUCUAAUUUACUUAAAUGGGCUUCAGGAUUUAUUGGUGGCAGUGACCGUUCUAAGAAGAUUGAAAGCACUUCAGCGGAGCAUGGGAAUACUGGUCGACGUGGGAAAACGAUAAAUAUAUUUUCUGUUGCUUCUGGGCACCUUUAUGAACGCUUCUUGAAAAUAAUGAUGCUGAGUGUCCUGAAGAACACGCGCAGACCUGUGAAGUUCUGGUUUAUAAAGAACUACCUUUCUCCUCAAUUCAAGGAUGUAAUUCCACAUAUGGCACAAGAAUAUGGUUUUCAGUACGAGUUAGUUACCUACAAAUGGCCUACAUGGUUACACAAACAGAAAGAGAAGCAGCGAAUUAUAUGGGCAUACAAAAUCUUGUUUCUUGAUGUCAUUUUCCCUCUUGCUCUGGAGAAGGUUAUAUUUGUUGAUGCAGAUCAGAUUGUCAGGGCUGAUAUGGGAGAACUUUAUGACAUGAAUUUAAAAGGACGACCCCUCGCAUACACCCCUUUCUGUGAUAACAACAAAGAGAUGGAUGGUUAUCGUUUCUGGAAACAGGGUUUUUGGAAGGAACAUCUGCGAGGAAGACCAUAUCAUAUUAGUGCUUUGUACGUUGUUGAUCUCAUCAAGUUUCGAGAAACUGCAGCUGGGGAUCAGUUAAGAGUGUUCUAUGAAACUCUCAGCAAAGAUCCAAACAGUCUUUCUAAUUUGGACCAGGACCUUCCAAACUAUGCCCAGCAUUUAGUACCCAUCUUUUCGCUCCCACAAGAAUGGCUGUGGUGUGAGUCAUGGUGUGGCAACGCAACUAAAUCAAAGGCAAAAACAAUAGAUCUCUGCAACAAUCCUAUGACCAAGGAACCUAAGCUUCAGGGUGCAAAAAGAAUUGUUGUAGAGUGGCCAGAUCUUGACUUAGAAGCAAGACAAUUUACAGCAAAAAUUUCAGGGGAACCUAUUGAUCUCAAAGAGCAAGUAGCACUACCUCUUGAAUCACAAAGUUCAACCAUUCAUGAUUCAUCAGAAGAUUGGGAAUCAAAGUCAGAGUUGUAAGCAACAGUAUCAGAAUGGACUCCCGGAGUUUGAAGAUCAAACGUAACAGAUGCUGUAUUUUGCCCUUUCAUGAGUCUUUUGACAGCACAUUGGCAGAUUUUGUAGUCGUAGUUUGCCUGGUUGGGGAACAGCAUGCUAAUGGAGAGCUACAUUAUGAGCUUGCAUCUGUUAUGUGGUUAUGGGUUUCUUUCUUAAUCAAGCCCUGGAACUGCAUUCAUUUAUCUAAGUUGAUUUUGUUGGAAGCCCAUUUACAGAUACUGGAGAUGCUACGUAUACUACCUUUUUUUUUUUUUUUUUUUUGGGUUAAGCAUCAUCUUCUAAUGGGUUACUCGGGAGUUCAAAAAUCCAUAGGAGUCUCUUUAACUAGUGUUAAAACAAUACGAUGCUAGAUACUGUAGAUCCAUAUAAUUUUGUUCCCUAUUGGAUAUUUCUGGUAAAUUAUCCAGAAACAGUGAGAUGUAUGUCUUAAAAAACAAAUCAAGUUGAGGAUUAUGAUUCAUACGGAAAGAAGGCUUCUCUGCCUUUUUUCCCUGCUGUCUGGUUACAAGUA